CAUUCAUCAACUCAUUAUCUUCUUGAAGUUGUCAUUUUUAGUCUUAAAAACCAACAAAAAGACUUUAUUUUUCUCUCUUUUUUUGGUUUUUUUUUCCCCAUUAUUUGUUUGUUUCCUCUCUUGGGUGAUCUUUUUGCAUCUGGGGUUUGCUUGAAUUUGAAUAUUAUUUAAAGCUGGUCUGGUUUUUACUAGUUAGAUGAGGCUGAUGAUUUUUAUGAAGAAAGGGUAAAUCUUGUUGGUGGUGGUGGGGUUUUGUGUUGUAAACAGUAAUAUUAUUUUUUGUAUGUGGUGAGGCCUUUAGGCUACUGUUAUGCUGAGGGCUAAGUAUAAUAAGGAGAUAAGACUAAGUAGUAGUCUUGAAAAAUAUAGCUACUACUGCAGCAACACAAGUAGAAGAAGAAUUAGGGAGAAGCUUAUCAGCAGAUGUUAUCUUCCAUUGAAAACAUUCCAUCAGAUCCUUCACAUAUCUCUCUACUGAAAAGUAGUAGCAGUGAUGAAAGGCCUUCUUCUGUUAAUAAGUUAGUAGAUCUGUCCAAUUCUGACCUUGAUGACAACAACAACAACAACAACAAAUUCUCCAUAAGGGAUUAUGUUUUCAGAACCCGGAGAAAGGACAUCAAGACCAAUUGGCCAUUUUCUCAGGAAAAUUUGCAGCUUUGUUUGAAGCAUGGCGCCACUGAUUUGUUACCUCCUUUUCAUGAAUCUGUUAAGGGAUGUGCUGUAGAUAAUCGUUCGACUGACAAGGACAAUAUAGUCACUUCUCACGUGAAGGAACAUGUUAAGCUAGAUGAUGAUCCUGUGUCCACCAGUCUGCCAAAACUAGCUGUGGAUUAUAGAAAUAUCAAUUCAAGUGGAUCUGAUAGAGAGAAGGUGUUUCGGUCAACGAUAACCAGUCAGUCUUGUUCUGAAUCAGCUGAAAGAAACCGUUGCUCGGGAAAGGGUCUGUUACCUCCUAUGUCAAACAAGAGUGGGAGCACAGUACAACCACCAGCAAAAAAGUGCAAAUUAAUAGUCAAAUUUGGAGAUAGAAACGUAGAAGAGGACACUACCACAAACAGUUUCAUGGUUUCCGAGGCAAUGGCUUCAAAAGUAUGUCCAGUUUGCAAGACAUUCACAUCCUCAUCGAACACGACCUUGAAUGCUCACAUUGAUCAAUGUCUCUCUGGAGAGUCAUCAACAGUCAAGUGGACAGCAAGUCCUAAGGUGAUUAAGCAGUACAAGAUAAAGCCAAAAAAAACAAGAUCGAUGGUGGAUAUCUAUGCAACGGCUAAGAGCUGUACAUUGGAGGAUCUCGAUAGGAGGAAUGGUACUAGCUGGGCCUCAAACCCGAGUUUAUCCAUUCGAGAGACUGAGGUAACACCUGCUGUUGAGAAACUGGAAAAACCUUCUGUUAAUGAAGGUGCUGUUUAUAUUGACGCUAAUGGCACUAAGGUUCGAAUUCUGUCCAAGUUCAAUGAUGAGCCACCAUCAUCAAAGCCGGUUAAUGAUUCUCUCGAGAAAAAAUUGGUAGAUGGAGAUAAAAGAAGCAAAUUCAGUUUGACAAAGAAGAGAAAGAAGAAGAAUCAUAUCGAGAAACAUCACAAGCUUUUGAAAUCUACUUCUCAUACAAAAAGUUUUUGCUUGUCCAAGCCUGAUCACUGUCCCAAGAUCAAGAUUGGUCAAGAGAGCACCUUUUCCCCCAGAGAAAAUGUUGACAAAGAGGAUUGCCUAAAUAAGCACCUCAGAUCUCCAGACCAGAUGGUAUCAAAUGGAUUGGGAACCAUAAAACAAUGGGCAUGUUCGAAGAGAACUGGCCUCACAAGGAAGAUCAGUGAUAAGGACAACCAUCAGCUUUCUGGCGUGCAAAGUGACAAUGAUGUGUUGCCUCAGGCUGAUUCAUUUAUGAAGCAAAGCUGUCUUCCGAAAUCUCCUAGUUCAGCUGUUUGUUUGCCUGAGAGUAGCCAAAGAACGAGGGAUAUGCCACUUGAGCCUCAAGAUGAACAAAUUGGGGAGCCUUCUCUGCAAAAGAAAAUGAACUUUUCAUUGUCUCGAUCUCCACUCCCAUCUAACAAGAAGAGAUCCCUAGUGUUACAAAGUUGCAAAACAAAACAUUUGAAGGUAGAUCGCCGUUCUGUAAACAAUAUCUCUGCGGAUCCUCCGGAAAUAACAGUAGAUCAUGCACUUUCUGUGAAAAAUAUGAGAGCAGAUAACUCUGAGAUCAAUUGUGAACAGUCCACCCCUCAUCCAUCGUUCUCCUCGAAAGCGAGGAAGUUGUCAUCAUUGAGGAAGAACAUUUCGUCCGUCAGUGAAGGGCCUGCUCGUGGUGUUAAAUGUAAUUUGAAGUGGAAAACAGCUUCCCUUAAGAAGUCUAGUAUGAGCUGUAGUUCAGAAUCUGAAGAACCCGAAGUUUGCCAGACUGAAGGAGAGAAACAUUGUUUAAGAGGAAAUCUCAGUGAAACAAACGUUCAAGGGAGCAAGAGUUGUGAGAGGGUAAUUGUUAAAAGGUCUAGACUUUUAAGCAUCAGGAAAAAUAGGGAGGUAAUUAUUCCCUCUAAUGUGGAAGAAGGUACCCUGGGCUUGAAGAGCUCACAAUCCUCAGCUGAGACCCAUUCUGAUAAUGAAACAGGCAGCAUUUUAGCUGGUGCAUCUGAUGCUAUGGGAUCUAUAAAAGCGAAUCAUCAAAGUCAGAAUGAGGAGAGUAUGGAUCCAGCUGCCUCUGAAUUCGAUGCGAGUGGAAAUUUUAUGAGUUUUAGCAAGUCUGUGGACACUGGAUCGGACGAGUUAUCUGAUCCUGCUAGGUCUCAUUGCGAGUCGCAAUUGUUUAAUGAAGAGUACAAAGGAUCUUUUCUUGGCACCAAAGCUGCAACAUGUUCACAAGAUCCUAUUUUGGGUGUUGAAGGGAUGCUUAGUGCAGUGGAAACUGGCAAUGUUGAUGAUGUCACUGAAUUAGGAUCUAAUGAUGGCCAAGGGAAUUACUUUUUGCAGGUUGAUCCAAUUCCCAUACCAGGACCACCUGGAUCCUUUUUACCUAGUCCUGGUCGUAUGAGCUCAGAAGACCUUCAUGGGAGUUCGUCAUUAACCAGCAGCAGAAUUCAAUCUUCUGCAGAUCAUCCCGAAUUCGUCGAUCGGGAUUCUUCCGGUUCGCCUACGUCUGCUGCAUCAACAGUUUCUAACUCCACUAUGACUAGAACUGGCUCAAGAUAUUCGGAGAAUUUAUAUGUCGGUGGAAGGGAUUCAUCAGAAACUGUUGAUCUUCUGGUGGAAAAUUCUGUCGCACUGCUUCAGACAGCAAAUACAGGAGACAAUAAGGAUGGACUGGACAAGUUAAAUGCAAAUACGUUAUUUCCUGGAAAGGGAAAUUUCAGAUUUACAAAUGAUAAGCCAUGUUGUUGUGUCAGGAAAGAAGGAGCAUCUCAAGGGUUUGCUUUGAAUCAUGAAGAGUCGCAAUUGUUACAGCGACGGACCCCUUUUCCUGCCAGUGAGAAUCAGUUGAGCCAUGAUUCACUCAAGAGACCUAAUAUCAUAUUGAAGAGCAAUUCAUUUUCUCUUAGUGACUCGAGUUCAGGACCUGAAACAAAUGCGACUAGAUCGUCCACGGGACAUUCUCAAUUUGGUAUUUCUGCUGAUUCUGAGUUCAAGCUCCCAACUCGUGAUUCUGAGUCUUUUAGUCCGUCUGCUUCUAAUCCAGUUCUCAGGCUGAUGGGAAAGGACUUAAUGGUCAUCAACAAAGAUGAAGAUUCCCCACUGAAUAGUAGAUCGUCCCACUCAAAUUCCAUGAAUGACCUGACAAACACUAGACUUCCUGGUGUUCGUAAUGAGGAUCUCAACUCCUUCCGUCAGGUGGAUGCGAAUAAUCGUCUUGUCUCACACUUCCCUGAAAGUGGUGAUCCAGUAAAGAAUUUUGAUGUCAGAUUGUUGAACGGUUUCAAAAGUCAUCAGAGUUACUCAAGGCCACAACAGCCAUCCCCUACAUCUCCAGCCUCGUUUUUGUGUAAGAGUAGUGGCAGUGGAAUGAUGGGUUCCUUUGGCAGACAAGACUAUUUAGGUGGGUGCAAUUUACAUACUGUGCGAAAUGGACCAAAUGAGGCAUGUGAUAUGAAGAAGUUUGUAGCAACUCCCAUCUCUCAUUGGCAGAAUAAUGCAACUUCAGUUGGGAAUGCCGUCAGAGAAAUUAUUGUAAUUGAUGAUUCUCCAGAAAACGAGGCUAAUUCUGCAUACACCACGGGGGGCAUGGGGAAAAGCAAGUCGUCAACCGGUAUCCAAAUGCAGAUCAGCUCGGGCUAUACCUCAAGUUUUGUGGAUCUCUGUGAAAAUAGACCCCAUGGAGUAGCUCAGAAUGCAAAUUUGCCUACUCAAGUGAAUGAGAUUCCAGCAAAGUGGAAUAGUUUAGUUCAUCCAAGCUCUUUCUCGGCUUCCUCAUCACCUGCAGGUCCUUUUAGAUCAUCUUUAUAUUAUUCUCCAGGCUUUUCAUAACCAAAAGGUCGCCUUUUGCAUGGCCAUUUACUCUCUUGACUGACAAUAGAACCUGAAAGAAAACACCGGCAAAGUUGAGCAGAUGAGUUAUUCUAUAUUGCGUUUUGCUUUCAUAGCGUCUGAUGUUCACUUGAAAAACUGAAAGUUCCAUAGAUAUAUAAAGCAGUUUACUUAGGCCAGUUGAAAGUUCCCUGGAGUGUCCAAUGUAUAAAAAAGUCUUCGAAUAAUGAGUUGUUCCGAGGAUCUGAACUUCCAAAUUGGUUUCUUUCUUCUGAAUAUCUUUCUUUUUCCUAUUUAAA